UCCAGCGUUUGCAAAAUAUUUGCAGAGCGAGUCAGUGACAACGUGAACCACGGCUGAAGCGAGUUGGGAGACCAGAAGGCGAUGGAGGCUGGAAAGGAAAUGCAGCUAGUCUUGGCAAAAAGGCAAGUCCUGCUGUUCUUUGUUUUGCUGGGCAUAGCUCAGGCCGGGUCCACCCUUAGGCGCUACUCGGUGGAGGAGGAAGCAGAGAAUGGUUUUUUGGUGGCAAAUUUGUUAAAGGACCUGGGGCUGGAGGUAGAGGAAUUCGCUGCACGGGGACCCCGAGUCAUUUCCAAAGGGAAAAAAUUGAACUUAGAGUUUAAGAGGCAAACUGGGGAUUUGUUGUUAAGGGAGAAACUGGACCGGGAGGAGCUGUGCGGCCCCGCUGAACCCUGUGUGGUACCGUUCCAGGUGUUACUGGAAAAUCCAUUGCAGAUUUUUCAGGCUGAGCUACAGAUUAGGGACAUCAAUGACCAUUCACCUGUUUUCCUGGACAGAGAAAUAAUUUUGAAAAUUUCAGAAAUCACCGCUCCCGGUACCACUUUCCUCAUAGAAUGUGCUCAAGACUUAGAUGUAGGAAGCAACAGUCUUCAAACUUACACGAUUAGCCCCAAUUUCUAUUUUCACCUUAAACUACAAGACAGUCCUGAUGGCACAGUAUUACCACAGCUGGUUCUGGACAAAGUGCUGGAUAGAGAGGAACGAUCUGAAAUCAGAUUAAUACUCACAGCGCUCGAUGGUGGGAAUCCACCCCGCUCUGGCACCGCCCAGGUCGUCAUUGAAGUCUUGGAUGUCAAUGACAACGCUCCCGCGUUUUCAAAGCUUCGCUAUGAGGUUCAGGUUCCAGAGAACAGUCCUGUCGGAUCCCAGGUUGCUACUGUCUCUGCUAGGGAUUUAGACAUUGGGGACAACGGACGAAUAGCUUAUGCGCUUUCCCAAGCUUCAGAAGACAUUCGGAAAACAUUCCGAAUGAAUGCAACCUCCGGAGAAAUCAUUUUAGCGAAAACACUGGAUUUCGAAUCCACCCAGGCAUAUACAGUAUAUGUUCAGGCUACAGAUGGUGGGGGACUUUCCGGAAGCAGUGUGGUGUUUGUCCAAGUAAUGGAUUUGAAUGACAACCCUCCAGAACUGAUUCUGUCCACACUUACCAAUCACAUCCCAGAAAACGCCCCGGAAACCGUAAUUGCUGUGUUCAGUGUUGCAGAUCCAGACUCUGGAGACAACGGAAAAAUGGUUUGCUCUGUCCAAGAGGAGCUUCCUUUUCUUCUAAAGCCUUCAGUUGAGAACUUUUACACUCUUAUGACAAACACGGCCCUGGAUAGGGAGACCAGAUCACAGUACAACAUCACCAUCUCCGUCACCGACAUGGGCUCACCCAGGCUCACAACCCAGCACACCAUAACAGUGCAGGUGUCCGACAUCAACGACAACGCCCCCGCCUUCACCCAAUCCUCCUACACCCUGUCUGUCCGCGAGAACAACAGCCCCGCCCUGCACAUAGGCUCCAUCAGAGCCACAGACUCAGACUCUGGCUCCAAUGCCCACAUCACCUACUCGCUGCUGCCGCCACAGGACCCGCAGCUGGACCUCCACUCUCUAGUCUCCAUCAACGCAGAUAACGGGCAGCUGUUCGCGCUCAGGGCGCUGGACUAUGAGGCUCUGCAGAGCUUUGAGUUCCACGUGGGCGCCACAGACCAAGGCUCCCCUGCACUCAGCAGCCAGGUGCUGGUGCGAGUCCUGGUGCUGGACGACAAUGACAAUGCGCCCUUCGUGCUCUACCCUCUGCAGAACGCCUCUGCGCCCUGCACAGAGCUGCUGCCCAGGGCGGCGGAGCCUGGCUACCUGGUCACCAAGGUGGUGGCUGUGGACCGCGACUCUGGCCAGAACGCCUGGCUGUCAUUCCAGCUGCUCAAGGCCACGGAGCCAGGGCUGUUCAGCGUGUGGGCGCACAAUGGCGAGGUGCGCACCACCAGGCUGCUGAGUGAGCGCGAUGCCCCCAAGCACAGGCUGCUGCUGCUGGUCAGGGACAAUGGCGAUCCUCAGCGCUCUGCCAGUGUUACUCUGCAUGUGCUGCUGGUGGAUGGCUUCUCCCAGCCCUACCUGCCUCUGCCAGAGGUGGCGCGCGACAUGGAGUAUGAUGAAGAUUCACUAACACUCUACCUGGUCAUAGCCUUGGCAUCUGUGUCUUCACUCUUUCUCUUGUCCAUGCUGCUGUUUGUGGGGGUGAGGCUGUGCAGGAGGGCCAGAGCGACCUCCCUGGGUGGCUGCUCUAUCUCGGAAGGCCACUUUCCUGGACACCUGGUGGAUGUCAGUGGAGCAGGGACCCUGUCCCAGAGCUACCAGUAUGAAGUGUGUCUGAGUGGAGAUGCUGGGGCCACAGAUUUCAAGUUCCUGAAGCCAGUUGUCCCCAGUUUCCUUCUUCAGAGUGCAGAAAGAGAGAAUGAUACAAACACCAGUUACAGGAAUAGUUUUGAAUUCAGUUAAAUAUUGGUGAGGAAACAUGGAGUCUAGUCUCAGCUAAAAGGUGAAAGGCCUGAUUUUACUGCUUUGACAACUAAAGGUGUCUAUUCUUUGGAAGUAACUAUCUUAUUCCAAUUCUUUGCAUGU